AUGAUUUCCUGCCGACUGAGUUCAUUGCGAAUAAGCGGAAGAGACUGGAUUGACGCGGGCGGUGCUCAGACUCGGCGUGACUCCAGGGAACUUGUCCAGAGCAUCUUUCCACAGAAGAAGAUCUUAUUUCAUUCCUGGUUUCAGCUCCUGCUUCUAUUUUGUGUUUUGGCCUUAGGCUUGUGUUACACCCUGUCCAGCCGCCCGCUGUCACUAUGGCAGAGCUUCCCACUGCAGGAACAAUACCAGUGGUUUUUAAACCAGAACAGUAGGGUUAAUGCACCUGCUUACCGCAUUCACCCCAAAAACAAAGUUAUAUUAAACAAAACCACUGAACCUUCGACUGUGCGAUCUACCUCCCUCCAGUACCACCAAGCCUAUCCACGCAACUACCAUUUUCUUAUGGAUAACACAGAGGUUUGCAAGAACAAGAUCCCAUUCCUGGUUCUCAUGGUUCCAGUGGAACCAAAAAAUGUGGCAGCUCGGGACGCGAUCCGCCAGACAUGGGGCAAAGAAAACAUAGUUCAGGGUGAGGUGGUACUCACUUUAUUUAUGUUGGGUGUCUCUAGAGAAGAUGAUGUUGAGAAGCUCAAACAGGAAAAUUUGCAGCACCAUGAUCUGAUCCAGAGUGACUUCACAGACAGUUAUCUAAACCUAACAAUCAAAACCAUGGUGAUCAUGGACUGGCUAAGUACACACUGCCCUGCAGCAGCCUAUGCCAUGAAGAUUGACUCUGUCAACAUUCAGAAACAUGUCAAUCUAGUAAUCAUGCUAAAACAGCCGGGCAUCCCCAAGACCAACUACCUGACAGGGAUGCUUAUGUGGAACAGACCAGUCAUUCGUUCCAAGAACUCCAAGUGCUAUGUGCCUGAGGAAUUGUAUCCAGAGCCUGAAUACCCGACCCACACACUGGGUAUGGGAUAUGUCUUUUCUAAUGAUCUUCCAGAGAAAUAUGUGGAAAUUUAUUUAUUUGUAUAUUUUAAAUGUGAUUUAGGGUUACUGGGUUGUAAAGAUGAAAGUGAGCUACUGCAUUACAUUUAAGGUUUUAUCAAGAGCAAUAUGCAGGGAAUUUACAUUUGCAUUGACCAAUGGUACCUGGCUCCUCAGUUUCCUGUGGGACAUUUUAAUACUUGAAACAUAAACUACUUGAAGGUAUCCCAGGCAAGGUUUAAUAAAAACUCUACAACUGAUGCUUGUGUUUCAGCCAUUUUGGCAGGGUUGACGGACGGGGUGGAGUUGUUUGUACAGCACAAGUUACCACAUUACCUGGGGCUAUCACCGUUGCCUGUGUGUUUGGUUUCCAGAUACCAUUAGGGUGCACUUAGGGGUGUGGUUAUAAUGUAGGCUAGAGGCACAACCUCACAAGCACACACAAAAAAGGGGUGAGAGGGGAGAAACAAACAGACAAAUCCACUACAACUACUGAUGCAUUAGUGAAAGAAUUCAGCACUUCACUUACUUCUUAAGGGUAUGCGGAGCAUUUUGAGAAAAAAAACUUGAAGUUACUUAAAUGUGUUUAGAAAUAAUACAGCUGGGGUUAAGCUUUAAAGUGACUUCUA